AUGGGUAACUACAUAGGUAACCACAUGGGUAACCACCACAUGGGUAACCACAUGGGUAACCACCACAUGGGUAACCACAUGGGUAACCACCACAUGGGUAACCACAUGGGUAACCACACGGGUAACCACAUGGGUAACUACAUAGGUAACAACAUGGGUAACCACACGGGUAACCACAUGGGUAACUACAUGGGUAACCACAUGGGUAACCACACGGGUAACCACAUGGGUAACUACAUAGGUAACAACAUGGGUAACCACACGGGUAACCACAUGGGUAACUACAUAGGUAACCACACGGGUAACCACACGGGUAACCACACGGGUAACCACAUGGGUAACUACAUAGGUAACCACAUGGGUAACUACAUAGGUAACCACACGGGUAACCACAUGGGUGACUACAUAGAUAACCACAUGGGAAACCACCACAUUGGUAACCACAUGGGUAACCACACGGGUAACCACACGGGUAACCACAUGGGUAACCACACGGGUAACCACACGGGUAACCACACUGGUAACCACACGGGUAGCCACAUGGGUAACCAUAUGCAAAUGAAGGUGAUUAUACUAAAUUCACACGAUACAGGUCAUAUUAAGUUGGAUACAAUCGUGUCUAAGUUUUGUUGA